GUGAUUCCACUCUUUUCCACUGAACAUGCUGUGGAGGAGCCCACACUACUGGACAACACGGGAGAGUUACCAGUCGCUUUACACACCACAACUACAAGAACCUCAACAUCCUCUUCAACGCCAACAGGAACACCACCACCUGCGUCUGGUGGUAUGUACACAGCCACUCGUAUUAAAUAUCGUCAAGCCCCUCAUCGUAAUACUUCUAAUCUGGAAGAUGUUGCCACAAGUAUUAUUGCAGCUGCAGGACUCCCUAUGUCUAUGAUCUCUCUUGCGGAUUACAUCACGGAAGGACAACCACAAUUGCCGUAUGUGUGUAGUGGAAGUGAAGUGAAUGCGGUGGGUCAGUCUUAUACACAAAUACAUCCACCACCGCAGGGAUGUUCAUGGUUUCCACCACGGUCUUCUGGUAAUAAUCAUAAU